UCUAUACGCACCAUAGCGAUUCACACGUGAUCUCGCAUCAUUUAAUAACAGUGCAAACAAGAAUCAAUCAACUGGCUGCAUUAACCUAUCGAAAUCCAAACCAAAUAUUUGUAUACUCUCCAUUUCUAUUGGCAACAGGCGUGGUUUAGAUGACGUCACAGUGUCAGAAUCUCGGCCCAAGCAAUUAAUGGAUAUGGCCAGAUCUUAAUACAGAGGCUGAGAGACAGAAUCUGUCGGGGUACCUACGGCUUUGGGGGUGUUCAAUGGUCUGGCUUACCACUUCAGUCAAUCAGCGGAGGUGGUGUUGAUGAGAAGGUCUUCUUGCGAAAGAUGUUGGAAGAGUUCAACCUGACAUCCAGCGACAGUUUCGAGGGUUGUGAUACCACGCAGUAUUCCAGUUAUUCGACUCCUUUUUUGGUUAAGGACAUCCUGAAUAUGAACAUGGCGCAGCAAAACGAUUUUUGCUAUGGUAACAACGUCGUUAAGAAGGAGAGUGAGUGCUACGGUUGGGUUGAAGAUGGUUGGUACAAUGGUGGACAAUUUCCGCACAAUUAUAAUGGUUUCGGGAGUUCGAACAAUGCGGAGAAUUUUGGCAACAGGACCGUGGAUUUUUUUGGGAGACAGAGUGAAUUGGCGAUCGCAAAAAUGAACGAAUUUGCUAGAAGCACUUCCAGUCCAAAGCAAGAGCAGGUGACAAGUUCCAAAACAGAGCUUCGCAAAGCGAGCAGACAACGCGUCAAGAGGAAACCAAGGGUGUUAUUUUCGCAGUACCAAGUCCACGAGUUGGAGCAGAAAUUCAAGCAGCAGAAGUACCUGUCGGCUCCAGAACGAGAGCAGAUGGCUCAGGGGUUGAACCUGACGCCGACUCAGGUGAAAAUAUGGUUCCAGAACAGGAGGUACAAGAGCAAAAGGGGAACUUUGGAGCAGCAAGGUGAUAAGAAGCCGAAACCUCUGACGGACUUCUUGGACAAUAACAGUUUUUGUGGGGUGAAUCAGCAGCAUUGUAUGUCGACUCCUUACAAUUACCAGGCUCCCAAUGUGCCUUAUCCUCACGAUUAUAACUCUAAUGAUAAUAUCAGGUACAACAGUUUUCCGUCCGCUAUGGACAAGUUAAAUUUUUACUUUUGCAACUCAUAGUCCCGAAAUUUUUCGUUUUCGUUUCGAUUCCAAAGACCUCAGAUGUAUAUUCUGUAUGUAACAUUCUACAUUCAACGAUUUUAUUUCUUCCUCGAUCUCUGUCAUGCUGAUACCAAUUAGGAUAAUGAGAAUUAUCGAUUAAUUUUUGUUGUGAUCGGGAUUAACACUAAACCUAAGUUACGUACGUGGACUCCUAGAAAAUAUGUAAAUAUCAUCGAUGGCAUUUUCAUGUUUUAAAAUAA